CCCUUUUACAAUUCAUAUAUUCCAUUUUAGAUUCUCAUUCUGAAUGAUCUGUCAUCCAAAACCAGUCUUCCAACGGAUAACAUCCCUAUUGCAGCAUGAACUCUAACUGGUUGUCUGUGUUCUCUGUGUUUAAGACCCUGCGUGGGAAGCUCCGCCAGCUCCCCCUGGAGGUGGUGCUCCUACUGAUUGUAGGACAGGGUGGGGCAGACAUGGCUGAGAAGGCCAGGGGUGAGGAGGUGAGGGGUGAGGCCAGGUUUGGAGACGGUCAGGCAGCAGUGGAGCUGCUGAACUGGUACGAGCUGGACCAAGAGCUCAUUAUAGUUCUGGAGAGGCCUGUACCCGCCGUGGAACUGUUUGACUAUAUCCAGGAGAGAGGAGGAUGUCUCCCAGAGGAUCAGGCCAAAAUCAUUCUGAGGCAGGUGGUUGAGGCCAUGGUCAAUUUUCACUCUUGGGGUGUCCUCCACCGAGAUAUUAAGCCAGAGAACCUUCUGGUGGAGACCGGUUCUGCAGUUCCACGGAUUAGGGUUCUGGACUUUGGCUGUGGCUGCAUUAUUCAAGAAGCACCCUACACCGAGUUCCUUGGGACCAAAAUGUACAUCCCUCCUGAAUGGUACCUCCAUGGUUCCUACCGGGCGGUUCCAUCCGCUGUCUGGCAGCUGGGGGUACUGUUAUACAACGUGCUGUCUGGGAUAUUCCCCUUUCGCACACCCGACCAAGUCCUUUAUUGUGAUCCUAUCCCUACCAUGGAUAGGUUUUCCAGCCAAUGCAAGAACCUACUUAAAUUGUGUUUGGCAAAGUGCCCUGAAGACCGGCCUACUCUAGAGGAAGUCCUUCUCCACCCGUGGCUGCAUACAGAGGAGGAGAGGAAAGCAGAGAGACAGAAAAAGAGAAAGAGGAAGGAAAGAAGAGAUGCAGAGAGCAGCAGAGGAGGGGAGCAAAAGAGGAAGAGAGAGCCGGAAGAGAGACAGGAUUCGGGGGAGUCUUCGACGGCACUGUCCCUUGAGGACGCCUCGUCUUCGUCCUCCCUCUCCCUGUCCCAGGGCAACACCAAGAGGUGUAGGGUAGAUACCAGGAGCCCCAAGGUGUCCCCUAAAAACACCACGGCCACAACAAUGACCCCACAUGGUACACAUGGAAGAGUGGGAUGCUACUGUGCUACUUGGACAGGGGUCCAAGACAAGGACCCAGAGGAGAAGCAGGGCUACAUGGAAAGGGAGACAGAACUUGGCAGGGCCCAUGCUGUGUCCACAUUCCCAGAAAUCAGUGAUACAGCACUGCUGCCCAGAGCUCUGCCUGUGCUGCCCGAAGGCUCUCUGCCUGUGCUGCCCAGAGUCCUGGUGCCCGUGCUGCCCAGCACCGAGCCCUCUGCUCCUCCUGAGCCCCCAGCAGAGUCCUGGUCGACUCCAGCACCCCCAGAGCUCGGUGCACAAAAGAAGCCCAGCCUUGGUCACCACCACCGACCCCCUGAGCACCUCUGCACAUCCAGACGGCCUCCAGGUCUGCCUCCAGAGCUGCCCCGGCUUUUCACCCUGCCUCCUGGCCGGCCUCCAGAACUGCCCUGGCGAGGAAGGAGGAUAUCUCCCUGA